UAUACUUCCAGAUAGAAAUGAAGGAGAAUGGGCGAGGACGGUGGAAAAUAUUGGCCAAGGCUUUGCUUGAUAAACAAAUAAAUCCGACAGACGGCGUCACCCAAUCUAAACGCCGGUUUAGUUCAUAUAAUAUAUUCAAAAGUGAAAAGCUUGAAGAAAAUGAAUCAGGAACCUGGUUUGCCAUUCAGAUCUGUAAUUUCCUUCGUGCACAGGUUGAGCAGUACACUGUACAAAUACAUAUCAUGAAACCAAAGAUGUCUCUUAACAAUCUCACAGGGUUUAACAAUACUGGAAAUAUUUGUAUAUGGCCGAGUGAAGAAUGUUUAGCCCUAUAUUGCAUUAAAAAUAAGGAUCUGUUUCGUGAUAAUUCUGUGAUGGAGAUUGGUGGAGGUCAAACCUGUCUAGCAGGUCUAGUCGUUGCCAAGGUUUGCAAUCCUGCCUCCGUAACACUGACUGACGGAAAUCAAGACUCUGUGGAUAAUCUGGCUAAAAUUGUGGCAAAAAACUCAGAUCUGGAGAUUUCAACGCUAAAAUACAGAUGGACCGAUGUACAAGUUAUAAGUUUAUCAGCUCAAUAUGAUAUUAUUCUCUGUGCGGACUGCCUUUUCUUCGACGAAGGACGACCUGCUCUAGUAUCUGAGCUUUAUCGUCUCCUGAAGCCUGGAGGACUCGCUCUUGUCAUGGCUCCUCUCCGUUCUCAAACCUUUCAUGUUUUCAGGAAAAUGGCUGAAGACCGAUUCAAUGUUGAACAUCUUCAAGAUUUUGAUGCUGAAGUUCGAGAACAACAUCUGGAUCUUGUUGAUCAAGAUUUCUAUCAGACAGAUAUUCAUUAUCCUAAUCUACUUAUUCUUAGGAAACCAUUAUCCUAAUCUACUUAUUAUUAGGAAAACAUUAUCCUAAUUUUCUUAUUUUUUGGAAACUAUUAUCCUCAUCUACAUAUUCUUAGGAAACCAUUAUACUAAUCUACUUAUUCUUAGGAAACCAUUAUCCUAAUUUUCUCAUUUUUAGGAAACUAUUAUCCUCAUCUACAUAUUCUUAGGAAACCAUUAUUCUAAUCUACUUAUUCUUUCAGGAAACCAUUAUCCUAAUCCCCUAUUUUUAUGAAAUCAUUUUCCUAAUAUACUUUUUCAAAUUUACUAAAAUAAAUAAAACAUUGUCCUAACUUCCUUAGUACGUACAAUGAUAAAACACUACCUCAUUAUUUGUAUACUUCUGAUUAUUAAUAAACUAUUUUUUACUAUCGCCAAAGAACUUCUACCAAAUUCAGACAACAUCCUGCCAGAAAAAAAAGACAUCUAAAAUUUACAUUAUUCCAAAAAGUUAGUUCUAUCAAUGGUAAACUUAUAAAAUGCGAUUAAAUUAAUUAACUAUACUUACUUGGUUACUUGUAAUGUGAUUCCAAGGACUCCAAGUAGGAGUAUUGUAGGAAUGUCUGUUCCAGUCCCCCAGAGUAUUGUUCAGAUCGUCCUG